CCACAAUCUGGUGCUAGUCAAGCUGGCUUUUGCACCAAGAACUAGUUAACUAGUUAACCAUUCCAGUCAGAGUGCUUUGUGUACUGUGGAAACAUGUUUGCUCCUUUGUUCCAUAGCUCCCCGCUGGGAUCAGCUGCUAUUGUUUCAAUGUUUUGCCCUUAUAUAUUUCCCAAACCACUCGUCCGGUUUAGAACUUUCCGUCAGCCGUGAUAUCAGGCAGGUGGCAAGUUUAGUUGAUGCGAGCAGCCGGCCCUGUUCAAUAGCAAUUUUACCAUGCUAGACUCAUGGCAUCAGUUCUUAUUCUCUAUUCAGUCUAUGACGGUGAUCUUGUUGCCCAUCCUCUCUUUCCUCUCCGGUUGGGGGAUUCUUACUCUGCCUUCCAGCUAUGCGAAGCGACUUCUUCCUCCAGUUCUUCUGGGCGCCUUUAUCGCAUUCCGUCGCCAGAAUGAAUUCUCUUCCAAUCGUCUCCUGAACGAACUGUUUGGUAGGCUGAUGAUGCUGUGGAUGAUGUAUAUGCCCUUCCUUGUGUACAUCAAGGGAUACGAUGGCGAGUCCCACCGAUUAUUUGGCAGCCAGCAUAAGCAUGCUCCUUCUUCGUGGCCCAGCCUCGCAAAAUCCUCAGCCAGACGAGCACUAUGGCGAAGCGCAAUCAGCGUGCUAAGCGAUAUCUUCUUCACUUUCAAUGCAAGAAAAGCGUGUGCUCUCAAGAUGCUAUUCAAUGGGCGAGGAAUAAACACCGCAUGGCAGGUCCACGCAUUGCCGUCUCCUCGAUCAUCGAUGACGCUCUCGCCAGCUUCCCACAUCAAUCCGUGCCUGCCUUUGACAGUGCGCUGGCAGUUUGUUUCCCGUCGCUCGAUAGCGCUUUUGACAAAACUUAUCAUAUGGCUCAUUUGGUCCCACUAUUCGCCUUACCUAGUUCUUGCGCGAGAAUCCGACUAUCUCCCUGAGAAGCAAAUACUUUUGCGACGAUUGCUGUUGAACACAUCUUCAAGAUUAUUGGGAACACCAAAUCCGUACUUCCUCCACCCAGUCACCAUCCAUGAGAUCAAGAUGCGGAUAUGGAUCGUGGCUGACAACAAUAUCCAGAGUAUUGUUAUCCUGAAGGGGUUUCAUGACAUUUGCGCCCUGUUAUUUGUUGGGCUAGGUUUUGAUGUGCCUGAUGAGUGGCCGCCGUUUUUCGGUAGCAUUCAGCACGCGUUCACAGUGCGCGGUUACUGGUCAGGGUUCUGGCAUUUACUAAUGCACCGAGGCCUAAGUGCGUAUGCUACCCUGGUCCUUCACCACGUCCUUCGCAUCCGCAGACGGUCACUGUUCUCGCGGCUUGUUCACGGGCUCCUUGUAUUUCUCAUAUCAGGCUUCUGCCACGCGGUCAUGCACAACUACACGAUGCCGGGUUGCAACAAGAUGCCAGUAAUCAUUUUCUACGCCCUGCAGCCAGUUGCACUGACGAUUGAGGCCGUCGUGCAGAUCAUCUGGAAAACAUGGAGAUCAAGGCAUCUUGACAGUUUCCCCAAAACUAAGUCCGAGGGUGUUAUGCUCCACUCUAUUGGAUACUUGUGGGUGAUUUUAUGGUUCACAUGGUCGGAGCCGAAGUCCAUUCUUGCGGUCAAUUUUGAGCUCUCUCAGCGCUGGGCGCGGGGGAACUAGUGAGGGUUACCGGUGUCUACAUCGACGGCAAGGAAAAAUAGGAAAAAAAAAAAUAAAAUAAAAUAAAAAGUAAUUGCUUAUUCCAAAAAA